CUUCCUGCACUGAGAAAUCUUGCUUUACUUUGAGAAUCAGGUGCAGCUGAGUGUGAAAGUGAGUGUAUUGGAUUAUUCACAGAAGCCAACAGUAUCUCUGUGUAUAUAAGCUGUAUGGAGGAGGAGGGGACUUUACUCUAAGACACUGCAUUGUUAUCUUUACCUCUCUUAGUUUGAGUAUGGCCAACCAUCCGUGUCCACCAAAUGGUGACAAAGAAAAAAAAGAAAACAUGGAGAAAAGAAAAGAGGAGCUACAAGCUACAAUUGAGAAGCAGGACGAUCGUGUAAACCAUCUUCAAACGAGUGCCUUCAACCUUGCAAACUACUACUUCGUCUUUCAAGGAAUUCUGUUGGGGGCUAUCGUCACUGCCACCACAGCGCUGCGAUGCUCAGAUCGCUGGUUCCUUUUCAGCCUCUCUCUAAUUGCAGCCAUACUCAACUUGGUUUCAUUGCUUGUAAUUGGAGGCAAUUAUAAAAGAAGCGUCAUGCAGAGACACCAAAGCAAGAUUGAGCGCAAUAAAUUGGAAAGUGAUCUGGCGAAGCUAGAAACUUCACCUUCAGAUCAUGGGCUCAAAAGUGACAUAUUAUCGUACUGGACUUCAACGAAAAUAGAAGCUUCAGGGCAGGUCGCUUCUCAGGAUCUUGCAACUGUAGAAAUUAAGGAUGAACCGGAACAAAGGCAGAUCCGCAAGGGGGUUGUGCCGGUUGAUAGUCAACACAAACAGCUGCGUGAUUUCUACUUUCUACUGUGCAUGGCUCUCUUUGUAUGCUUUUCCGUCAUCGUGAUUGUGGGUUGCUGGACCAUCCCUUGCAAGAAAGCUCUUCAAUGCAUCCCCCCCAUAUCCAGCAAUGACAACUGCAUUAGGGUUUGUGAAGGUGGCAAGUGCAUGAGCAUGUGCACCGAAUACUAGAGCCUUCAACAGUUCUAGCUUUGAGCUAUGUAGCGUUAUCCAAGUAGAUUGAUUGGUAUCAUAAUUAAUAAAGUUU